AAUCCAAGCGUGUUGCAAUAGUGCUGACGGGAAAGGACCUCUCAACCACGUGUCCCCAAUAAAACCAGUUUUAACUUUCACCGCACACCAUGUAUGGUAUGGUAGAAAUUAUACAUCCUUUGUCAAUGAUGCUUCAAAAGGAUUGAUGACACCACCGUGAUAACACCUAGAAGUGGCACUUCAGUUAAGUCUGGUUUGCGAGCUCGGCCAAAAUUUCGUAAUUUUCUUCUCCAAGUCGGAUAAGCCCCGAUGCCCGAACAGUUAGACGCGUACCGUUUGAAAUCGUUUUUUUUUUAACGGCCCCCUUUAUUGUGGCGAAACCCUUUUAACUUUAAUAUUUGAAUUUAAAAAAAAAACUCUACCCCAUCAGGACCUUGUGGAGAGUUUCACAUCCAAGUAAGAUUUAAACAAUCUCAUUUACUGAACCCUUCGAUCUGGAAUCUGACGCCAAAACAUUACCUGAUAUAUCACCAAGAGAGCAGAGUUUGUCAAGUUAACUCGAUUGUAUUAGCGAAGGAGGGAUUGAACACAUUGUCAAGGGGAUUUUCAUCCAGUGAUGAUUAGAUAAGAGACGGCUGUCACUAGAAUUAGUUUUCUUUGUCGCAGACGUCAGGUCGUGAACCAACGAUGCAUUCUUUGUGCGUAAACCUCAUCUUGGUUAUUCUUUCGUCGAUUUCUUCAGAAAAUUACGGCUUUCCACACGACACACUAACACCAAGUACAGUUGCUGACGUCAUAGAAGUGUCAGCCAAUCGGGAUAUAUCUGAGGGUCUUGGUAGUACGUCAGCCACGCCCUCCUCUACCUCCACAUCGAACCUCGUUGAUGAAGAUGAUGUUACGUCCGGUGCAGGGUUUCUUGAUACAGACGUCAUCGAUCACGCCUCUACGAACGAUGUGGAUGAUGCCUCCGAUGUCGGGAGGGCUGUCGCGGAUCUAUCCCAGGCCGCUGUUUUCCGUGACGACACACCUAGCAACAGCAAUGAUUCCACGUCUCAGGACGGUUUCCCAUGGUGGUCGCUUAUGCUCAUUCUCCUCGCUACGGUCGUCAUCAUCAUCGCCAUCGCACUCCCGUUUGUUCUCUAUAACCGCCGUCUGAACAGACGACGCGCGGUCAUCAGGAACAGCAAACGGGCAUCGGAACUCAUCGUCGAUUCAUGGAUGGCAGCAUCGCAAUCAUCCAUCCCCGGUGGGUCCCCAUCGACGUCAUCUGACAGCGGUAACGAAUUCGAUGUCCAAGGAACUAGUAACCAAGAUACCACGGAACGGCAGUCGGAUUGGGGAAUGAAGGUCAUGGACGAUGGCCCUAACCAAGAAAAUUUUCUGGGAGCAGAGGGUGGAUGCUGAAUUUUCGUUUUAAAUUAUAUAUUUUUAAUGAAGAUACGGUACGCCAGCUCUAGAGGCCCUCUUACAAUUUUACAAACCGAUUAUUAAGACAGACUUUCAGAUAAAAAGACUGUGCAACGGUCUGUGUGAUAUUGCUAAAUAAUACUUCGGACUAAUCAUUCCAUUGUCUAUUUCUUCUGUGGGAAGAGGUAUAGGUGUUUGUGUGAGACUAAAAAGGGCUAAAUAUCGCUCAAAACAUGCGAAAGUUUCCUAGGGAUAACGGUAUUCUCUUUUAAGAUGGAAGCUUUAUUUUGCAUUGUCGUGUUGCAAUGAUGAACAAGAGGUGCAAUAAAAUUGUUCUCUUUUUUUCUGAUGGUCAAGAUAUUGCCAAGUUCUCAUGAAAUUAGUAGAAUGCUGGGCAAUUCGUCAUAUCAAAUGCAGUAAUUGCAUGAGAUAAUGUCAAAUCAGAUGAAAUUGUACUUGAAACAACAUUUUUCCAUGUAUCAAUACCCGGAAGGGCGUUACAGAUAAUGUUAAAGAACGCGUAUAUUCUACUUUUUUUCUUGAUCAAUAUAUAGACCACAAAGUGAUAACGCCGACUCAGCUAUCAAACAAGAAGUAUUGAAUAAUUGAAUUGUAAUGACUGAAUAUAUGAAAAUAUGGUAACUCAGAUUUCUCUUUCAUAUCGCUGAAUAAUAGGGCCAAUUAUCACUUGCGCAUGCGCUAAGUAGUCGGUCCUACGGAACGAAUCAAUUUCACAUCCGUUCUCAAGCAAUGGAUCGUUCGUUUUAGAUCUGUUUCAUACAAAAGGCAUAUGCGAUCGCAAUAUUAUUAUCCAGUUUAGACAAAGAAAGGGCAAUUUUGUAUAUUAUGUAAGUUGCAUACUAUCAAAUCUAAAAUAAGGUUUGAUAUGUAUUGUAGUACAUUAUUACUGCAUGUAAUCUGUACUACGUCUAUCUCACCUUACAUAACAUGGAUAGGUUCAAAGAGUUAUAUAAUUAAUUGUAAUUAAUAAACGACACAAAAGUUUGCUAUUUAAUGGAAGAAAACUAUUAAAAGGUAUAUUGUAUUCGAAGAAGUAUAGCCUGAAUUUGAUUAAUAUAACAAUCAGUAUAAGUUCACUUGUUGUUAACAUUAUGGUGUCCUAUUAAGAUCAUUAUUAAGAUUAAGAGCGGUAGGAAGUAAUUCCUCAAGAAGCUGUGUGCGCUAUGAACGCCUAGCUUAGCCGGGUAAUAUAGGAGCGCCUUGAGCACCUAACAAGGUGGAUAUGUGCGCAAUAUAAAUACCCUAUAUUAUUAUUAUCAUUGGCAGACAGUCUUUAAGUUUUACAAACUUCACUGAUCUAGUUAAAGAGCUAUGAAACAUGACCCAGAAGACAAAUGUUGUGAGUAUUUUAAACGUUGAUCCUGCAAUGUUGGGCCUACGGAAACAGAUAAGCAUACAUGUCUGCAGUUAACCAUUUCAUACCCUGAUUUUCCCUUUUUUCUGAGGCUGUAAAAAAGAGAGAAGAGUUUCACACACCAGUUAGAUACCGAUGAUCAAGUGUAAUAACGAAUAAUCAAAUUUAAAUUUAUAAACAAGUUAAUUCAAUAAACCCAUGUCCCUUUCAGAGCAAUCAGAGGCGGUUGAUAGUCAAUAUCUUGACUGCCACUUUGCUCGGAGUGAGUCUACUUUUUUUGAAAAAUUCAGAGCAUUAUUCAUAACUUAAACCAUAGAAGGUCGCUUUGUGAGAUUUUUCAUCCAUUUAAUUUUGAUAAACCACCAUCUUCCAUAUGCUCCUACACGAAAUACGAAAAUCGAGGAGGGUAGGGUGGGCACGCAUACAAGUACCCCCCCCCCCCCACGCUGAUUGCCGCCAAUGAUUUAUGCGAUUUGAAUAUGGGAAAAUUGAAACAUGAGAUUGUCAUACAUUAGACACAUUUGUUUUUUAAUCUGCUCAAGAUGUAUGCGUUCUUAUAACGUGUGAUGGUGUGGUUUGAUUGCCUGUGUAUGUAUAUUACUUCGUUGGUCCUCCUUCAAAACACGUAUGUCUGAAAUGACCUGGGUAUACCGAAUACUGUAUCUUAACUAAAAACAGGUUGUUCUUUUCCCCCUUUUUUAUUUCAGCUGUGAUAUGCCGGGGGGUAGGCAUUAUCUGAUUCAUGUAGCGGACGUUGUGCACGUCACCCGUGACGUUAAUUAGUCAUUUAUUACGAAAUAUUGUAUUCUUAAUUACCUUACUUGCGUUAUAGUUAUACGUAAACUGACUUUUGCAAUAUAUUUUAUAAUGAAGCUCUGAACAUUGUAAUAUUUCAUGUAGUGUCUUCAACAAGUAUCCAUGAAAUCAGUGUUAUAUACUAAUUUAAGUAAUAUAAAUGUUUAAGUAGCAACCUAAUUGUAACUUUUGUUAUUUCUCUAUUAAUGAGAGGUAUUUUAGAUGUUUUCCCUUGCGGUUAAUGCUAUCAUGAAUAUAUUCCCAUUUUACAUAAUUGGAAUGUUAAUUUACUUGUUUCAUUAUUUCACAUUUAUAGGUGAAAAUAUAUUGAAGCUUUGGGCAGGUUUAUGUAACCGAAAUUGGGGUAACAAUAUGAAACAGAAUAAACCUCGCAUUGGCCAGUCCCACUGAGAGAGUCUGGUUAAAGAGGAAAUGAAAUACAUAUUAGGGUAAUGUUAUGAAAUAGAUAUAUACCUAUCAAUGCAAUAACAUAUUUAUAUAUUUAUAAAACUGUAUUUAUUUUUUUAUAUCCUUCACCUUCCACUGACAACCAUCAGUUUCAUAUGAUAUAAUAAUUAUUUGCAAAUAUUGUGUGAUGUAUCAUGUACUAUUAUCAUUUUGUGGUCAUUCUGAAUUUCCAUGCACUGUAUGAUGGACAAUAAAGAAAGUGAAUCAACUGAAUUGAAUGAAAUUAAAGUUGGGUGAAUACAUGCUAUGUGUAGUUGUAAAAGAAGAUCACAAUAUAUUUGUUUUAGUAACUGAUAUUGAUAUCAAAUUGCUUAUUAUAAGUGAGAAGAAAACUCUAUUCUUCGAAGGU